GCUUCGCCUGAGGCCGCCUAUCAUGGCUGCCACCAGCGUCGGCAGGAACGACUCCCCGAUGGCACCCGAGGACUCCACAUUAUCGUCUAGGCUGGGAGAGGUCAAGAUCAACCUGGACGGCACUGGUGUUGCAAACUACGGCACAGGGAUAUCGUUCUUGGAUUACAUCCUUGAUUGUAACCAAAGUCUAUGGAUCUGUCAAAGGGUCUUUCUGCAUAUGGUCAUUGUUGUAUUGCGUGGAAGGAGCGAAUGGAGAGCUGGAGGCAGAAUCAUAGGAGAUGCUGCACAAUAUGAGGAAUGACGGUAAAGGCUUUGAACUGUGAUGACAAUGAUGCCCGAUCUGACCAUUAGUAUAUUCUCAUCAAAGGUAACCUGUAAUUUUUGCUAUGACAUGGAUUUUCUAUUGUGAGGGGUUCUUUCAUGAAGAAUGUGAUUUCUGCAUGAUACAAUGUUGUUAGAACGCGGAUAUUCUAUGCAAGGACUGACAUUUAAGAAAG